AUGCAGUCGAACAGCGUCGUGAAUUUGCAAGAUGAUCAAUAUUUAAUUACUCCAGAAAUGCUGGCACAAAGUAACUGCCUUGGACACUACGGCGGCAUCGAAAAUAUUGCUUGUGCAUUGAGAACAAAUCUCAACGCAGGAAUAAUAGGAAAUCCAAGAGAUGUAAAAUCCCGGCGUGAAGUCUUUGGUUCAAACAUGAGUUCAACACAGCCGCCGCCUCAUACAAUUAAACGUAUCAAGCAUCUCAUGGCGGAGGCUUUGCGGGACACCACGAUCCUCCUUCUUCUGUGCUGCGCAGUGCUUUCCCUGGCGAUCGGCAUCAAGACCGAUGGAGGAGCAGAGGCCGUCAUCGAUGCGGUGCUGUUUCUGCUCGCCAUGUCUUUCGUCGUCUGCUUCGGAGCCGCCGCUCGCUUUCUCAGGGAAAGAUGGAUGCUCAGGAAAUCUUUGAAGCGCAACGACCACGUUCGGGUUGUGAGGAAUGGCGUGGUUGUUGUGAUUCUCGAAUCCCAUCUCGUUGUUGGUGACAUUGUCUGCUUAAAUACUGGUGAUCGGGUCCCUGCCGACGGGAUUUUCGUAAAUGGCGAUGAUUCUUUUCAGCUUGAGAAAGAGUAUUCGCAGCAUCCUUGUCUUUUUAGUGGCGGCCAAGUGGUUCGAGGCUGCUGCCGUAUGCUCGUGACGGCGGUAGGCGACAACACUGAAAGAAGCAGGCUCAUCAGAUCGAUCCAAAACGAUCGUCUACAACUGCUCGAUGCCAUUGAGAAGGCCAGCUCUAAAUUCGACAAAAUCUGGCUGAGCCUUUCGUUGAUCCUUCUAGUAGUGCAGUUCGUCCGUUGUUUCGUGGCGAAAAAGGUUCGAGAUCGGAACUUGGAUCCCAAGGGAGUGAAGGACAGAAUGGAGGAUCUAAUGAAGGAAGUGGUGAAGAAGAAUAGAUUGAAGGCCAAGGGGUUGGUGACCAUGCUGUGCGUGCUGCUCUUCGCCAGCAGAGAGGGCUUACCUUUAGCCCUCUUUGUCUCGUUGUUGUAUGCAUCCAACAGAAUCAAGUUCUGUAAGGCCAUUGUAGGGCAGCUUCAAGCUAGCGCCACAGUCGGCUUGAUCACCACCAUCUGCACUUGCAAAACAGCGGAUUUAGCUCUGCAGCAUUCAAAAAUGGCCGAAUUAUGGAUUGGUUUUGACCUUGUUCAUCACCAUUUGCAGGGACGAACGGACGCACAACUUCUUGACGCCUUGCGCCGAGGAAUUUCACUCCACGCUCAGCCACAUGGCGGCGUGGAGGAAAUCUCUCUUCUCAGCUGGGCCAGGGCUGUGCUAGGCCUUAACAUGGACUGCUUUCCUCAAGAUUCAUCAAUGCUUCGAUAUGAAAUAGAUUCGAAUUUAUGCUGUUGUUCGAUUGUGAAAAGGGAAGGCGAAGAAGCAGUGGUGCAUGUUCACUGGAGAGGAUCGCCCCACUCGAUCUUGUCUAUGUGCUCGCAUUACUACACCGCAGAUGGAAAAAUCGAAACCCUAGACGCCGUCAAGGCGACAGCGUUUAAUCAACUAAUCGUUGGGUGUGAUCAACGCUGCUUCGCUUUCGCUUACAAACGGGCCAUUUGUGAGGAAGAAGACGACAUCAAAACCUUGCAAUCUGACCUAACUUUGUUAGGAAUGGUGUGCUUGAAGAAUCCCUAUUCAGCUGAGGUGAUACAAGCGAUUGAAGAUUGCCGGAAAUCCGGAGUUGAGGUCAAGUUAGUGGUCGACGAUGACAUAGACACGGCGAAGAUCAUCGCCGUCUAUUCCGGACUGGUGAGGCGCGGAGACGACGAUAACAGCGGCGGAGCAAUAGUCGACGCCGGCCAUUUCCGGAGCAGCUCCGAAGCCGAGCGCUUGAACAUGGUGGACAACAUUAUUGUAAUGGCCAACGCCUCUCCUGCAGACAAGAUGUUGAUGGUGCGGUGCCUCAGACAGAAACGCCACGUGGUUGCGGCCGCGGCCGCCGCCAUUAGAGACUCUCCGCUGCUCAAACAAGCCGACGUCGGCAUCUUCAUGGGGGCGCGAAAUGAAGACGCCGACAUCGUCGUCCCCGACAGCAACUUGUCCCAAAUCCCUGCGAUCGUGAAUUUUGGGAGGCGAGUUUGCACAAGCCUCGAAAAUAUCGUGCAGCGGCAGCUCACCAUGGAGAUCUCCGCUUUCACCAUUAACAUCGUUUCUGUAGCUGUGACUAGUAACGAGGCGCUGAGUUCGUGUCAGGUGCUGUGGAUCAGUCUGAUCAUGGAAAUUCUGGGAGCGGCGGCCGUCGCCAUAACUACUGUGGACACGAGCUCGACUCGAGCAGACGCGAGGCCGGUUUACGGUUCGGGUCGGAUCAUAACCGGGGCCAUGUGCACGAGCAUAGCCGUUCAGUAUUUCUUUCAGGUGGCCGUUAUUCUGGUUAUGCUUACCAAGGGAAAGACCGUUUUUCAGGUGAAGGAAUCGGCGGUGGAGACCAUGAUUUUUAACUGCUAUGCUUUCUGUCAGGUUUUCCUGCUGAUUCCGGCCAUUGAUAUGAACGUCACGCCGGGCCGGAGUUCCUUGUUACUUGGAAUUGUAGCAAUCAUCGGAAUUCUUCAGGUGGCGGUGGUCGAGAUCGCCGGAGUGAGAGAUCCACUCAGCAGACAAAGCUCAGAGCAAAUUAAUGUUGAAGUCCAAGCAUUGGCAGCUUUAGUGACGACAACUGGAAUCAGCAUCCAUCAGUCUCAAGCCUCCACCUCAGCUCAUCUUCAACGUUACCUCUUAAUUCCUCAGUCUCAAUCCCUCACAAUUCUUCUUUACGGCCAUUUUGAUGCUGCUAAAAAGGAGGGUGAUAAAGAAAAUAUGGAAGUUAAUGAAUAUAAGAAAGAUGAUAUCAGGAAAAGCACACCUAAUACAUCCUACAUAGGGGGAGAUAAAGAAGAUCAUGAAUCUCCUAAUCGGGAAGAGCAGAAGAUAGAAUUAUGA